GUUGUAUCCAGCCGUCCGGUCAGGCUCAGUCCGUAAUCCAUAUCCUGCACCAGUCCGCGUAGAGUGUGAAGUGCUGUUGUAAUUAUUUUCUGUCUUUUUGUUGUUGGUGCCAUGUGUGCAGUGUUGUAAAAAGGUAUGGAUUUCCUGGCCGUUCUGGUUUUGCUGCUGACGGCAGGCGUGAUAGCAGAACCGCGCUUCUUUGGCGGAGGUUCCUCCAAAGCAUGCGGAUCGCACGAGUUUCAGUGUGAAAAUGGUGCCUGCAUCCCGAUUUCUGGGCAUUGCAACGACAGUCAAGACUGUGCCGAUGGAAGUGAUGAAACUGACUGUGAUUUUUUCCUCUGCAAGGCACCGUUCUGGUAUCGCUGCAAGCACGACACCACGUGCAUCAGUGCCUCGAGUCGGUGUGACAAGCAGCGUGAUUGUGUUGGCGGCGACGACGAGGAAAACUGCGACAACUAUGAGGUCCCGCACAAGGCACAGUUGUGCAGCAAGUCCGAGUUCACCUGCACCGACAAAGCCUGCAUCCCGACCGACCUGGUGUGCGACGGGGUCGAGCACUGCCUGGACGGGUCGGACGAAACGAUCGGCUGCAUCGACAUCGAGAGCAAGUGCAAAGGGUUCCUGUGCAAGAACAAGCACUGCCUGCCGACGAGCAGCUGGGUGUGCGACGGGAUGAACGACUGCGGCGACGGUUCGGACGAGGAGCACUGCGUCAACGAGUGCAAUCUCGAGCACCGGAAGUUUGAGUGCAACAAUAAUCACACGUGCAUCGAUGUGGAGCAGGUGUGCAACGGAAAGGAUGACUGUGGGGAUAAUAGCGACGAGCGGGCGGGUUGCAAAUCCGAUGCCUGCACGCGUCUCAAAUGCGCACCACAGCCGUGCAAGGUAAUGCCCGACGGUAAGGCCGUGUGUCUCUGCGAACCUGGGUACAAGUUUGACGAGCCAUCGGGCAAGUGCCAGGACGUGAACGAGUGCGAUCGGUAUGGGUUGUGUUCGCAGGGUUGUAUCAAUACGCCCGGUUCGUUCCGGUGCACCUGCAUCGACAAGUUUCACCUGAUGCGCGACGGUAGAACGUGCGAGCUGUCCUCCGGCACGGAAGCGCUGAUGCUGUACACCACCCAGAAAGCCGUCGGUGGCCUUUACCUCUCCUCGAUGCACCAGUACUACAUCGCCAAAGAGCUAUCGCAGGUUAUUGGCGUCGCGUACGAUGGGAGCCACGUGUACUGGACGGACAUUGCGCACAAAACGGAAUCGAUCGAGCGCGCGCUGGAGGAUGGAAGUAAACGGGAGUUGUUGCUUACGGCGGGGCUUAUUUCCCCCGAGGACAUUGCGCUCGAUUGGUUGACCGGAAACAUAUACUUCAGCGACAGUGGGCAGAUGCACAUUGCCGUCUGCUCGAACGAUGGUUACCACUGCAAGGCGAUCAUACAGGAUCAGCUACAUAAACCGCGCGGUAUCGCACUGCUUCCCCAGAACGGAUCGAUCUUCUAUAGCGAUUGGGGUAACAAUGCACUGAUUGGGCGGGCCCGGAUGGACGGAAGCAACCAGACCGUCAUUGUCAGCGAGGGAAUCCACUGGCCGAACGGGUUGACGCUGGACUGGCCGAACGAUCGUCUGUACUGGAUCGAUGCGAAGCUGAAGCGUAUCGAAAGUAUGCGGUUUGAUGGGCGCGAUCGUGUUGUUGUUUUGUCGGACGUCCUGAAGCAUCCUUUUUCGAUUGCCGUGUUCAACGACCGCAUCUAUUGGUCCGAUUGGGAUACCAGGAGCAUUCAAUCGUGUGACAAAUUCACCGGAAAGAAUCGUCGUACGGUAGUGCACGAUCGUAUGAUCUUCGAUGUCCACAUCUAUCAUUCGAGUAUACAACCGAAGGGAAAUCAUGCCUGCUUGAACCACACCUGCUCGCAUCUGUGUCUGCUCACGACCAACGUCACCUACACCUGUGCCUGCCCGGAGGGAAUGCAACUGCACCAGGACAAGCACACCUGCGUCGAUGUGUCGAAGCGCCAGAAGCUUCUGCUAGGCAUCGGUAACUACUUGGUAUCGCUUAAGCAUCACCCAUUCGGGCGCCACGAGGCGGGCAAAGGCGAAGGGCUGCAUCUGACCAUCAGCCUGAUGGCGUUCAACAGCGUCACCGGCGAUGUGUUCAUCGCGGACAACGUGCAGAAAGCCAUCUUCACCGUGGAGCCCGAGUCGGCGAGGACGCAGCAGGUGGUUGGCAGCGGGAUCGGGCAGAUUUCCGCCCUGGCCUUCGAUUACCUGAGCAACACGCUGUACUGGGCCGAUUCCGAAAGGUCCACUAUUGAGAUAUAUAGUCUGCAGACCCAUCAUCGGUCUAUCAUUCAGCACUUCCUGGGCGAUGACGUGCCGGUCGCGUUGGCCCUCAUUCCGGAGACUGGCAAAAUGUUUAUCGCCCUCCGGUCGCUUACCGUGCCGCCGCACACGCACAUCGAUCGGCAGGAUAUGACGGGGCGCGGUGAACAUACGCACGUUAUCGAGAGCCGGCUCAGCAGUAACGGAACGAUCAGCUUUGCCGUCGAUCACGAUCUGCGGGCAAUCUUCUGGAGCGAUAUGGGUAGCAAUCGCAUCGAAAUCACCAGCUACGAGGGUGACACGCGCCACCUGUACCGGGAGUACCUUCGGCAACCGGUCGCACUUACCGUGAUCGGGAACGAGCUCUUCUGGACGGGGUACCGUUCGCAGCGGUUGUACUGGUCGGACAAGCACAACGUGGGUGCGACUAAGAAGGUUAAUAUUCAGCUUCCACCGAACAUGAGCGUACCGGAUCGGAUCCCGAUUGCGGCUACACGACCCACGCAAAAGCACGACCACCCUUGCCUGAAGAAGAACGGUGGAUGUUCGCAUAUCUGCGUUGCCGCUGGGCUCUAUUCCGGUGCUUGCGUUUGCCCAACGGGAAUGGUGUUCAAUUCUUCGCUAAGCCAAAACUGUAUCGAUGCGACGGACUGUGAGUUCCGGUGCGAGUCGGGCGAAUGUUUGCCGAAGAGCAAACGCUGUAACGGACACGUGGACUGCAAGGACCAGUCGGAUGAGCAGAACUGUGAUGCGAGCAAAGCGCGAAUCACGGCCAGUUGCAAGUGGAACGAAUUUCGUUGCACGGACGGAACGAAGUGUAUUCCGUCGAGCAGGCGUUGCGAUAAGACGAACGAUUGUACCGAUGCGUCCGACGAAGCGAACUGCGAUGGCUACGAGCGGUAUGGGACGUGCAGCGAGCUUCAGUUUACGUGCUCCAACGGGUUAUGCAUCGACGCGACUGGGAGAUGCGACGGUAUGGCUGACUGUGCCGAUGGGUCGGAUGAGGCGGGCUGUACGAAGGUGUCCAGCAAGCAGGAGCAAGCGAUAACCUGCACCAGCGGGCUGUUCCGAUGCAACAGCGGUCAGUGCAUAGCCGGUUCGUGGGAGUGCGAUGGCAGCCCGGACUGUGCCGAUGCGUCCGACGAGCAUGAAAACUGCCAUCUCAACUCGAAGGAGUGCAGUCCCGGGUACAGUAAGUGCGCGAUAGGGUACUGCAUCAAGAGUACUUUGCUGUGCGAUGGCAACGACGACUGCGGGGAUGGUUCGGAUGAGGAAAACUGCCACGACCGUCUGACCACGCAGUGUAAGGAGUCGGACUAUACCAACUCGACGGUGUUUCACUGCGGUCGAUCGAAUCAGUGCUUUGAAAUCGGAGUCCGAUGCAACGGGACGGCUGAAUGUCCGCAUGGUGAGGACGAGGCGGACUGCACGAACUGUGGACUGCACGAUUUUCAGUGCGACGAUGGCACGUGCAUCCGAAAGGAAUGGCGCUGCGAUAAGGACAUCGACUGCGACGAUGGAUCGGACGAGAAGAACUGCACCGCUUCCGCUGACUCUCGUGCGAGCGCGCACCUGGACGAGUGUGGCGAAGGAACGUUCGAAUGCCGACGUGGGGAAUGCAUUAAGCUGACGCAGGUCUGUGAUGGGAAGCGUGAUUGCUCGAACGGGAACGAUGAGGAUGGAAACUGCAACUCGGCAUGCCUCGGUGGGCUGGGCCCAUGCGAUCAGAUCUGCCGAAAGACGCCGGCCGGAUCGGUGUGCAGCUGUUUGGAAGGGUUUCAGCUGGCGGGUAGCAUGAAAAAGUGCGUCGAUAUUAACGAGUGCGAGAGUGGCCACCCGUGCGCACAGACGUGCACCAACAUCAAGGGCUCGUACCGCUGCUCCUGCCACGAGGGAUUUAUGCUCAAGUCCGACAAAAUGUCCUGCAAAGCGGUCGGAGCGACGCAGUACCUGCUCUACACAAAGUUCGAUCAAGUGCGCAAGCUCACCCUUAACCCACCGCAAAUCGAAACGCUACUGGCGGCGAAUAGUAGUAAAAUCGUGUCGAUCGAGACGAAUAUCCACGCGAACCGGUUGUACUUUUCCUCGGAGGACAGCUCGGCCCUGUACGAGGUGGACCUCGCUACGAACGCCACGAAGGUGCUACAAAAUGUCGGUGCACCGGCAAAGCUUGCGGUCGACUGGAUAUCGGGCAACGUGUACUUUAUCGAUAUGGCUGAACCGUCGAUAAAGGUGUGCAACUUUGCUCACGAAGCGUGCGCCCGGUUGGUCUCCUACACGAAGCGUAAUUUCGUCAAAGCCCUAGCCAUCGAUCCGAUAAAGAAAGUCAUGUUCUACUCGGUGCUGUAUUCGUGGAUCUUCGAAAUACCGCAUUCGAUGAUAUUCCGCGCCAACUUGGAUGGCACGCUGCAGACGCUCAUCCUCAAGCGGAAUACGCUCAUUUCGGCCAUCGCACUGGACACGCAGAGUGAGAUGCUGUACUUUACCGAUCUGAGCGGAGAUUCGCUUUGUAGCACGAACUAUCUCGGCCAACAUCUGAAGUACCUCGCCCGGGAUCAGCCGCAUCUGAUCAACAAACCGGUGGAGCUAAGUAUUUUCGAAAAUCAAGCUCUGAUCGUUAACCGAGGUUCGGCUACGAUUGGCCAGUGUCAGCUGUUCGGCAACUAUAAGUGUGCCCAGUUCAACGUCAACGUACCACCGUCACAGCAGCUCCUGCUGGUACACCAGUCCCGGCAGCCGUCGUCGUCGGCGUUGAAUGUUUGUGACGCAAAGUUUAUCAGCUGUGACCAUCUGUGUAUCCCGAUGGAGACGAAGGGACGCUGUAUUUGCCAGAAUGGACAAGAGGUGCACGAAGGGGACAAAUGUCCGGCUACUGAGGAUAGCAGUCUAGCGGUGAAACCAUUCCGCCAUGCUUUGGAGGACGAACAAUCAGCGGUAGAGCCAGACGCCGGAGAAGAGGGGUCCAGCUUUAUGUCUAAACUUUUAAAUUUCUCCUUGUACGCCCUCCUAAUAUCGGCCAUCUGCGGUGCGGGUUACUAUGUAUACUGGCAACGGUUUAGCCACAAGUUCGACGUUGGCAUACACUUUAACAACACGGAACUAAGUACCGUUGAUAAUGCGGAUGUGGAAUUGUACAAGUCCGGCUCGAAUGUACUAUCGUUCCAAGCGAAUCCUUCCAGCACGCCUGCACGCGAAGAGUGCGAUGCGGAAUGUGAAAGUUACACGCAGAACAGUACGAUAAGUGCCUCAGAUGAGAUGUAUUACGAUUAUUCGAACGAUUUGAAUGAACGUUUGAUAGUUUGAGGUGUGUUUGUGCGAGUGCUUCGCACAUAUUAAAGUUAUGUGAAUAUCGAGGAAAUAUGGAGCGUUUCGCUGGUCUUAAAACGAAGACGUUAAAUAAACUUGUCUUAAAACAAAGACUCUAACGUCACACCACAAUGAUUGUUUCGAAAGCCUAACAACUUGUUAUAGGAGAAAUAAAUGUUACGUUAUACA